UGAUGCCCAAUCAAACAAAAAUACAGCGUUGAAUUGGGACGACGUUUUACCAGAAUCGCUCAACGAACUUUGGAACAAAUUUCUGGUGGAAUUGCCUGACAUCGAGAAGAUAUCCAUACCAAGAUGGAUCCAAUUUGCGCCGAAUCAAAUUCAAUCAAUCGAGUUACAUGCAUUUUGUGACGGCGCAACAUCAGCAUAUGCAGCAAAUGUGUACAUACGAAUGCAGUACAGCAAUGGAUUGGUACACACGCAUCUACUCAUCGCCAAAAGCAAGGUAACUCCAACCAAACCAUUAACCAUUCCACGAAUCGAAUUGUGUGGAGCCGAACUUGCCACUCGAUUAGCCGUGUGGGUAAAAUCAAAUCUUCAGAUCUCAGUCGAUCAAAUUCCGAUUUAUUUUUGGUGUGACGCAACGGUUGUGUUACAUUGGAUUCAUGGAGACAUCUCACGUUGGAAAACGUACGUUGCAAAUCGAAUUAGUAAAAUUUUAUCGUCAACGUCACCCAAACAAUGGAGCCAUGUUGGCACUCACGAUAAUCCUGCCGAUUGUGCCACACGUGGAUUGACACCGGCACAGUUAUCCAAGUUCGAUUUGUGGUGGAAAGGACUGGAGUGGUUAGUCAAACCGAAAAAGGACUGGCCUACAUUCAAACCGGGCAUCAUCAGCUUCACUGAGGAUUUGGCAGAAGUAAAGUCAUCAGAAAUUCAUGUUCAUGUGAGCAUUCAAACCGAAUCGAUUAUGUUUCUGUAUUCAUCGUUAUACAAAUUGAUUCGGGUCAACGCAUGGAUUCGUCGAUUUCGUCACAAUGCACUCAACAAGUUGAAACGAAUGCAAGGAGAACUGACCGUAGCGGAAAUUCAAUCCAGUUUGUUCCAGUUGGUCCGUCUCGUGCAAGCUGAAGCAUUCGGUAAGGAGAUUAAAUGUAUUUCCAAUAAUGAACCUUUGCCCAAGAAAUGUAUAAUUAGCGGAUUAGCACCAUUUUUGGAUGAACAAAAUAUUGUCCGUGUACGGGGCAGAUUGCAACGCUCCAAUUUACCGUAUCGUCAGCGCCAUCCGAUAAUUUUGCCUCAAAGCCAUCAUUUCACAACAUUAGUUAUCGACGAUUACCAUAUCAACAAAUUUUAUGGAGAAACGAUUCGG